AUGUACUUAUCCGCCAUCGUCAGCCUCGCCAGCCUGGCAGCUGCCUCGCCCAUCAUCGGCUCCCGCGACAUGCCCACAGCCACGCCCCCCACGUCCAAAUCACAAGGCUUCCAGCUCGUCGUCAACGUCACCGACCUGUCGCGCGACUUCUCGCCAUCAAUCCACCAAACGUACAUCAACGGCAUCCACGUCGGCGCCGGGCUGUCCCUGCUCGGCGUCGGCAGCAAGACCGACCACCCGCGCACCUUUUACAUCAACGGCACGGCGCUCGAGUUCCACUUUGCCAACUCGACCGUCCUCUCGGACGCCGGCACGCCCCCGACGCCAUGGGGCCUCCGCCUCGCCCGGGACCAGGGCUCCGACACGGCGAGCACCGCCCGCCUCGACGCCGGCCCCGGCGCAAGGGGCGUCGGCCUGACGCGCUGGUCCGUCCCCUACACCUUCAUGUACCCCGAGACGUAUGCCGUCUGCAACGAGACCGUCCCCUACUACGCCGGCCGGCCGUUCCUGCUCGUCAAGCAGUUCGCCCUGGGGCUCCGGGGGCCCGAGGCCAUCCCUGGCAACUGCGUGCCCGUCCGCCUGUUUGCCCAGUGCGCCGAGCUGGACGACUUGCCGGAGGGGUCGCUGUUCAGUCAUGAGUUUGCCUACGAGACCGAGUGCUACGAGGACGUGGCUGCUAUUGAGUGGCCCAAGUACCGUCCUUGGUGA